AUGGCAGAUCUCGACGAGCUAGAGCCCACCCUGCAGAACAUCAUCGACCAGAAGACGCUGCGAUGGAUCUUUGUUGGCGGGAAGGGUGGCGUGGGAAAGACUACAACAUCGUGCUCCUUGGCAAUACAGCUUGCUAGAGCGCGGAAGAGCGUCCUCAUCAUAUCUACUGAUCCUGCUCACAACCUGUCAGACGCAUUCGGUCAGAAGUUCGGCAAGGAGGCAAGAAAAAUCGAUGGCUUCGAUAACUUGAGCGCCAUGGAAAUUGAUCCAUCUGGAUCGAUGCAAGAGCUACUAGAGUCUAGCGAAUCCGGUCAAGGUAAUCCACUAGGUGGGAUGAUGCAGGACUUGGCAUUUAGCAUUCCUGGUGUCGACGAAGCCAUGUCCUUUGCCGAAGUCCUAAAACAAGUUAAAUCGAUGUCCUAUGAUACCAUUGUCUUCGACACAGCUCCUACCGGCCACACCCUGAGGUUCCUACAGUUCCCCACUGUCCUCGAAAAGGCCCUUGGGAAGCUUUCUCAGCUAUCCGGAAGGUUCGGACCGAUGUUGAAUGGUAUUAUGGGGCAGGGUCUUGGUGGCCCUGGUAAUGUGGAUGAAAUGCUUCAGAAGAUGGAGAGUAUGAGAGAAACCAUCAGUGAAGUCAAUACGCAGUUCAAGAACCCCGAUAUGACCACCUUCGUCUGCGUCUGCAUCGCCGAGUUCCUAUCGCUAUACGAAACCGAACGUAUGAUCCAAGAACUAACAUCCUACGAAAUCGACACCCACUGCAUUGUCGUCAACCAACUCUUAUACCCAAAGAAGGGAUCGGAAUGCGAACAGUGUAACGCCCGAAGAAAAAUGCAGAAGAAGUACCUUGACCAGAUGAUUGAAUUGUAUGAAGACUUUAAUGUCGUCAAGAUGCCACUUUUGACCGAAGAAGUCCGUGGGAAAGAUAAACUGGAGAAGUUUAGUGAGAUGCUUAUUACUCCCUUCGUUCCACCGGAUGUAGAAUAG